AUGCUAAAACUCUCGCAAUUACUAGACGCCAAAGGGCGUAACAGCUCCGAUACAAAUGCAGACAUCUCGCCAUUGUCCCGUCAACCCCCUCAAUCCCCGUUGACGGCCGAUCUCUCAACCCCGGUCUCGCCCGUGGUCUCGCUCUUCUCCAAAGGUCAUACGCGUGUCUCCAGCUCCGUUUCCUCCCUGGUCUCGUCCCCUGGUCAGGGAAAUUCCACGGAGAGCUCAAGAAAUGCCCUGACAGGAGUGAAGGAGGAACCCUGCCAAGCCAGGGAUCUUGAGGAGGAAUAUUUCCAACAUUUUGACCAAGGCAUGUCUGUUGUGGACGAUGCGUACUUUCGACCCUCAGUCGAUUACUCUGAUAGUUACGAUUUGAACGAUGCCGGAAUGGACACCCCUCAUUCCCCUAAGAAACGACGCGCCGGCAGUCUCUCCGGUAAAGGCCUGUCGCGCAUUAGUUCUCGCAUUUCCACCAUAUCCAACCGCUGGAGGCCGAAUCGCAUGUCGGACGGUCCUGAUGCCGUGGACCCCGUCGGAUCCAGUCUACGGUCCCGGACAAACUCCGCCUCGUCUAUCCGUGCCAGCCCGACUGUAAGUCGAGUCGACUCCAUCGCGAUUCCGCCUUCGCCUGCAAGGACCAUCUUUGAGGAGCGCAUGAGCGAGUCGGGAGUACAACCCAUCGACAUUGCCAAAGCGAACAGCCAGUGCCAGGAUGACUCGGACGCCCCGCAAGCCACCACUCCUCUGCUUCCUCCCUUCAUGGGGGACGAGCCACUGAGUGUUACUGCCUCUAGAGUUCAGUCGCCUCUGCAGUCACCGUCGGUCGCCGACGUCUCCGAGGAGUGCCUGGACAACAGCAUGACGUUUGCAGAUCCUCGUCUGGCAAGCAUUCCGUCGCCUCCGCUGUCAUCCAAGCCGUCGGUCGCGUCUUUCAAUCGUCCACGCGCCAGCACCGUGCGGACAGUGUCGGGAGAGGGCCCAUCCUUCUCGUUGACCGAUCCGAACGACGAGUGGGCGACCCAGCUUGGCCAUGCCAAUUUCACCGUCCAGCCCGAACCUUACGUGCCUGAAGUCUACGAUCUGAGCUCGUUCCGGCAAUUACGCGAACACUGGGAUCAAGCACAGUGCAACUUCACCAAGCACCUGGUUCGGACCGGUGAGCACUACGGUGUGACCUCCACCAUCUACAAACUGACCGAGGCCAAGUGGGACGCGAUCAACAGUGAAUGGAAGCGCACCUACGACGAGAUGCUGUCCCAACUGGACGCGACCGACGGCUUGCUGAUGGGCAUCAUCCAGUCGCAAGGCAACCCCUGCGAGCCAGUCAAAAUUCCUCGGCUCCACGAUGAGAAGUUCCCCGAACUGGGCGAUGGCGAGAUCGUCGGUCCCAUGAAAAUUGCUCCGGCGGCGAGUAUGCCGACAGCCUGCCGGGGCCGAUCCUUGAAACGAAACUUUUUCAAAUUCUUCCAGGAUCUCGUGUCGCGAUCCUGA